AUGGCAGCUUAUACUGGGAACUCGAACCCAAGCAAUCACCUGUCACGGUUCAACCGAGUCAUGACAGUCCUGAGAGUCAGCAACGACGCCAAGUGUUUGUGCUUCCCACUUACUUUGAGCGGGUCCUCGGAGGAAUGGUUCAAGAAACUAGAGCCAAGAUCUGUGGAUUGCUGGAAUAAACUGCAAACAAGUUUUUGGAGACAGUUUGUCGCCGCGAGAAAAGUUAAUCUGGAGGUCAGCGCCUUGACUCACAUCAAACAGCUGCCUACGGAAACAUUGAAGAAUUUCAUAAAGAGGUUCAAGGAAGAAGCCUCUAAGACCAAGAAAGUCGAUGACGGACAGCAGCUUGCUCUUCUUCAAGCAGGCAUCCGGAUAGCGAGGUAUGUACCCGGAGCUCAGCUCCCAGGAACCUUACCAACAGCCGCUCCACCGAUGAGCGGCAUACAAUUUUCCAAUACUCCCGGAUAUAGUCAGGGCCAGGCCUUUGCCCCUGCAUCUUCCCACUUUGGAAAUCCCUCAGGGAUGGGUGGUCAAGCCCCGUCGCACUCCGCUCCGGCUGCGAGCUUAGCAGGUCCCUCUCAAGGCUCCCGGAGCAAGAGGUCCUCAAAAGGCAGCAACCGGACGGAGGAUAAGCGGCAGAAAAGGGGGUACAGUCCCCAGUAUACCCAGUACACGGAGCUAACGGACUCCCAAGAGCGUGUGUAUUUUGCUACCAGGAAAAAUACGCACUAUCGGCGACCGCCCCCUCUGUAUAAGGAUAGCUCUCGGAGGGAUCCCAAUAAAAGAUGCAAGUACCACAACGACAUUGGGCACAACACCAAUGAAUGUAAAAACCUCAAGGAUGAGAUCGAAAACUUGAUACGAUUGGGACAUAUCUACGAAUGGAUCAAGAACCGGUUGCCUCACCUCAAUCCGGUUCAGGCAGCAGGAGCUUUGCCUCAAGGGUCCCCAGGGGGUGUAGCCGGAGCAUUGGCCCCAGUUGCUCUCCCCAGAGAUGCCCAGAAAAUUCCUGGCUUGCUGCCAAGACCCAACGAGAGAGUAGCCAUGAUCUUAGGAGGACCUCACAUCGGGGGAACUACCCGGAAGGAGCCGAAACGUUACGCAGGGGCCGUGAAGCACAGUGAGGUUUGGGAGGUUACUCAACUCCUAGCUCAAAGACCCCGGCUAAUGGAUCAACCCAUUACAUUCACAGAGGAAGACGCUAAGACAGUGCGCUUCCCCCAUCAUGACCCCAUGGUCAUAGAGACUCCCAUCGCCAAUAAGAUUGUGAAUCCUUCACAGUAA